ACUCACUUGCUCAUCUUACAAAUGGCAACAACUCUUCAAUCUUUUCUCUAUCCAAAACUCCACAAUUACACCACCAACAAUUUUAUUAUUAUAAAUUCCUUCUUCAACACCACUAAACUCCAUUCUAUGCUCAGAAAACUCAACUCGUCUCCCUCAAUUCGCCAUUUUCUUGCUCAUAAUCGGAAAAAGAUAAGGACUCUAGCACACCCAUUUGAUCAAACUUCAAGAUUUCCACUGUUUUCACCCUUAAAUUCUCCAAAGAUUCAGUCUACUGAAAGGGGUUUUACUGAUAUUUCAAUGGCAAAUCAAGAAUCCGCUUCUAGUUCUUCACAGGGCCAUAAGUAUACCAAUCGUUUAGCUACGGAGCAUAGUCCUUAUCUUUUUCAACAUGCCCAUAAUCCUGUGAAUUGGUAUCCAUGGGGUGAAGAGGCAUUCAAAGAAGCUCGCAAGAGAGACGUGCCCAUCUUCUUAUCAAUUGGAUACAGCACCUGUCACUGGUGUCAUGUGAUGGAGGUGGAAUCGUUUGAGAAUGAAGAUAUUGCCAAAUUGCUUAAUGAUUGGUUCGUCAGUAUUAAGGUUGAUCGAGAAGAACGUCCGGAUGUCGAUAAGGUAUACAUGACAUAUGUGCAGGCAUUGUAUGGGCGUGGGGGAUGGCCCCUAAGUGCUUUCCUUUCACCUGAUCUUAAGCCUUUAAUGGGUGGCACUUACUUCCCUCCUGAAGACAAGUUUGGAAGGCCUGGGUUCAAAACUGUACUGAGAAAGGUAAAAGAUGCUUGGGAUAGCAAGAGGGACGUGCUUAUUCAAAGUGGCACUUUUGCCAUUGAACAACUGUCAGAAGCAAUGUCUGUGAAGGCAGAGUCCUAUAAAAUAUCAGAGGGGAUAACUCAAAGUGCUUUACACAAGUGUGCAAAGCAGUUAGCUGCGAGCUAUGAUUCACAAUAUGGUGGCUUUGGCACUUAUCCAAAGUUUCCUCGGCCAGUUGAGGUUCAAUUAAUGCUUUACCAGUCCAAGAGGUUGGAAGAAGCUGGAAAAUCUGGCGAGGCAAAGGAAUAUCUGGAUAUGGUGCUUUUUACUCUGCAAUGUAUGGCAAGGGGAGGAAUCCAUGACCAUGUUGGCGGUGGCUUUCACAGAUAUAGCGUGGAUGAAUGCUGGCACGUUCCACAUUUUGAGAAAAUGUUGUAUGAUCAAGGACAACUGGCUAAUGCUUACUUAGAUGUCUUUUCUAUUACAAAAGAUGUCUUAUAUUCAUGUGUGGCUCGAGAUAUUCUUGAUUAUAUACGAAGAGAUAUGAUUGGUCCGAAUGGGGAAAUUUAUUCAGCAGAGGAUGCCGACAGUGCUGAGACUGAAAAUGCUUCAGGGAAGAAGGAAGGUGCCUUUUAUGUCUGGACAAGUAGUGAGGUUGAGGACAUAGUGGAAAGCCAUGCUGAUCUUUUGAAGGAACAUUAUUAUAUAAAGUCAUCAGGAAACUGUGAUCUAUCUUCUAGUAGUGAUCCGCAUAAUGAGUUCAGUUCAAAAAAUGUGCUUAUUGAAAGAAAUAGUACUUCUGCAUUGGCAUCAAAGUUGGGAAUUUCUCAGGAGCAGUAUCUUGAAAUUCUUGGUGAAUGCAGGCGGAAACUCUUUGCUAUAAGAUCAAAGCGGCCCAGGCCACACUUGGAUGAUAAGGUCAUUGUAGCAUGGAAUGGACUCACAAUUUCGGCAUUUGCUAGAGCCUCUAAGGUGUUAAAAGGUGAACCUAAUGGAACAAAGUUCUACUUCCCAGUUGACGGUGCCAAUCCAAGUGACUACAUGGGAGCUGCAAGAAAAGCUGCUACUUUUAUUAGAAAGAAACUGUACAAUGAUCAGAUGCGUAGAUUAGAACACAGUUACAGAAAUGGCCCAUCUAAAGCACCUGGAUUCUUGGAUGAUUACGCCUUUCUGAUACAAGGGCUGCUGGAUGUUUAUGAAUGUGGCGGUGAAGUCUCGUGGCUAGCUUGGGCAGUUGAACUGCAAGAUACACAGGAUGAAUUGUUUCUCGACAAAGAAGGAGGUGGUUACUAUAAUACCGCUGGUGACGAUCCAUCCGUUCUUCUCCGUGUGAAAGAAGACCAUGAUGGUGCUGAGCCCUCGGGGAAUUCUGUAUCAGUUAUUAACCUUGUUAGAUUGGCUAAUAUGGUUACUGGUGAUAAGUCUGAUCAAUACAAGCGAACUGCCGAGCAUCUCUUGGCAGUCUUUGAGAAGAGGCUGAAGGAUGCUGCAGUUGCUGUACCUUUGAUGUGCUGUGCUGCUGAUAUGUUAUCUGUUCCUUCACGCAAGCAAGUUGUGUUGGUUGGUUCCAAGUUGUUACCAGAGUUUGAAAACAUGCUUGCAGCUGCUCAUGCAUCAUAUGAACCCAACAAGACGGUCAUUCACAUAGACCCUGCAGACAUGGAAGAGAUGGACUUCUGGGAAACAAAUAAUGCUGAUAUUGCCCUUAUGGGGAAGAACGCCUUUGUAUCGGGCAAGGUGGUAGGUCUUGUCUGUCAAAACUUCACUUGCAGCUCUCCUGUCACCAAUCCUUCUGAUCUUGAAGCACUGCUCUUAGAGAAACUGGUGCGUGCUGCAUAAAUUAUCUACUGGUGCUUUGUCAUUUAUGAUGCAAAAAAGGGGGGGAAAAGCUACCAAGCUUUAGUUUUGUUAGUCGAGUUAAAACUUGCAUAAUAGUCGCAGUGAAGUGGUGUGUAAUGCAGUGAAGUGAUGUGUAAUGCGCUAAUGCUAAUGUUGUGAGAUAAGAGCAUGUUAUGAAAUAAAGCUCUGAAGCUUUUACCAUGCAACCAUGGUACGGGUUUGUUUAGAUCUGUUUCUAGAGUUACGCGUGUAGACCAUUAGCUACGAGUCGGUUUCAGGGUUUGUUCAAGCCCUGUUUCCAGAGUUGUAUGUCUGUAGACCAUUAGCUACCAGGAGGGUUUCCAGAGUUAUAUGUCGUCUCAGAUCCUUGUGCAGGAUUACAGCUUGUAAGAUGUUACAUAUGAUCAGAAGAAGCUUUUAUCAAAA